UCGUCGCGGGCUUUAUUUCCAUUUUGAACGGGUUCGCGUGCGGUUUAGUUAUUUGUACGUUAAAUUGUGGCAAACGAAUCGGCCAACUUAACAAAUUCUACAGUCAAAACAGUGCGCAUCAACUAGGGACAACCACAAAAUGCGUUUGCUGCUGCUGCUGCUGGUGCCACUGGUGGCACCUUACCUCCAGGUGGAUGGACAGGAGGACUAUUGCUUUGGCAAGGACUCGGACAGGCCGCAGACGGCGCAGUUUUCCUCGAAGACAGCCUACCAGAUCGUGAAGAGCAGCAACAUUGACAAGCAGUACCUGGUGCCCGGCUGCGAGGCCAAGAAGAUGUGGAUCUUCCACAGGCACGGCACCAGGCUGCCCAAGUCGGGCACCAUCAAGAAGGCCUCGCGGCUGAUGGAGCUACGUGACCAAAUUGUGAAGAACUAUCGAGAGGCAAAGACCAAGCCGGAGACGAAUGCUCUGUGCACCGAGGAUCUGAUUGCCAUUCAGCUGUGGAAGGGCAACAGCAGCAUCACGCCCGACAUGGACGAGUUCCUGACCAGCCAGGGCUACGACGAUCUGCGCGGCACGGCCAAGCUCUAUCAGCGCUACUACCCCAGCAUCCUGCCCCGGGACUACAACGACACGUACUACCAGUUCCGCCACACGGACACACAGCGGACCACGGAGAGCUUCAAGGCCUUCGCCGAGGGUCUCUUUGGCACGGGGAACGCCGCCCAUCCCGUGGACAUACCCAAGGAAGAUCUCCUGCUGCGCCCCUACGACUACUGCCAGUCCUACAAGGAGCUCAACUACAAGGGCGCGGGCUCCGAGCACCAGAAGUACACGCAGUCCGCCCUGUGGAACAGCACCCUGGCGGACAUCUCCACGCGAUUGGGCUUCCUGUACACCCUCGACCAGGCGGACAUCCUGCUGAUGUACGACACGUGCCGCUACGAGCAGGCGUGGCAGGUGGACCGCACGAGUGUCUGGUGCGGCGCCUUCCUGCCCGAGCAGGUGACCGUCUUCGAGUACGCGGAGGACCUCAAGUACUACUACGGCUCGGGCUACGGCUUCGAGGAGGACACGGCGCGGCUCAACUGCCGCCUCGUGCAGGACAUGCUCACGCACCUGAGCAACCCCGUGUCGCCGCACGUCAUCGCCCACUUCGGGCACACCACCGGACUGCAGACGCUGAUCACGGCGCUGGGCGUGCGCAAGGACGACAUCAAGCUGCGGGCCGACAACUACAACAGCCUCACGAACCGCCGCUGGAAGACGAGCAUCCUGGGCCCCUUUGCGGCCAACUUUGUGGCCGUGAAGUACGACUGCCCCGCGGCCCUGGACAAGGAGAAGGCCGUCUUCUUCCUCAACCAGGACGCCGUGCAGCUGGACUGGUGCAGCGUCGGCCUGUGCAACUGGUCGGAGGUGCUGCAUCGCUACAAGACCCUCGCCGAUGCCGACUGUGAUGAGUACUACUGCCGCUCCGGUGCCGCCUCACUGGCUGCUACUACCACACUCCUGGCCUCGACCCUCCUCGCUGCCUUAGUCUACUUAAUGCAUUGAAUCUGAGCCGGAUUUGUGUUAGUUUUUAAUGUUUGUCAAAUGUACAAAGUUCGUACCAAAUGAGGAGGAUGGCAGCAUCAUCGAGGGAUGUCUUUCAAGUAUUUUUCGAUUUACAUUUUUCUACUUUUAAUCCAACCUCAGCAGCAGCACCUCUCCACACACACACACACACACAAUUUGUAACUCUUACGAUUGUUUUUCUAAAUGCUUAACGUACCGUUGCAAGUGCUACAGUCAACCAAAUAGCUUUAUAUUAAUUAAAUAAAAUGAUUAAUUAUUAAA